CUUGGAACAUCUACAAUCAUUAUACCUACGAUCCUCUCAUCAAACUUCUGGCGAAGAAGACAUACUCAAAAUACAUCUGGAAAGAGAAGGGAAAAUGAAGACUUAUCAGGCGGCGAAGGAAAAGGCGCCGGGGCUCCAUCAUGUGCGCAUCGUCCACGGAGAUGUUGCUUGGGGCUUGGAUCUUGGAUCUUGCAUUGGGUCAACGGCGUUCAUUGUUUUCAACUUGUCUGCGCCUCUAUGUGAAACUGGCGUUUUUGGGGAGGUUUGCGCAUUGCAUAUCUGAUUUUCGAAUCACAAGGAAAAGUCCUCUGGGUUUUGGGAAACGUUUGAAGGGAGGGCUUCUAUGGAGCCAGGGUGUUUUUGAACUUUUUUGUGAAUACUUGUUCUUGUUUAUAUCUCGUUGUCACGCUUAUUUUAGUUGACAAGGCUGUUUCCGCAAGCCGCCAUAUCAAGUUUCUACGAACUGCCCAGGGGG